AUGCACAUCCCGUCCCAUUUCUUUCCAAAAACAUCAUCACCCAUUAAAACUCACCUAGACACUGCAACUAAGAUCAAACCAAACGAAGCACCUGCAAUGCACAAAUACGAAACCCCACGAAGGCGAACAAAAAACAGUAAGCGUCAGAAUCUGAAGCCUCCCUUGCUCCUCCAUUUUCUUGAAGAAGUACAUGGGCUUCAAAGCUCGCCUCAACAUGAAAGCCACCGAGAAGGGCAGACCGAACGCCAGCAAGCUCUGAACAGAAACCUCCGGCAAGGGAGAGUCCCUCAUGCCGUACGAUAUCCAAGCUCCCAGGCCAAGGUGGACGAGGCCUAA